AUGGAGCAGACAGUAAACUCUUUAGAGUCGAUGUUCCAGAAAGCAGAAUCUGAUUUGAAUUACUUGUCGAGGAAGAUAGACUUUGAGCUUGGACAGAAAAAUAAGACGAAUCCAGCUCAGUUGAUCGAAAAAAUUUCAGAAAUCAAAAAGGAAUAUGGUGAUUUGGUGAAGGAAGCAACAUCUAUACAGGAGGCACAAAAGGAAGCUGUGGAGUAUUUCAGAACACAGCUGAUGGCAGCAUGUCAGUUACUUCAAACCUUACAGCACCAGACUGGAAAACAGGAUGGUGAAAGACCAGAGGAGCUGGACAGAUUGGAGGCCAUUCUAGGUAUUAAAUUACCCAGUAGUGCAGACAAGCCUGUGGCUGAUAGUAAAGGCAAUGACGAGGAAUCCACCGGUACAAGUGUGUCCAACACAUCGCCUGAAGUACCUGAAGAAAACUCCAAACCAGCUGUUUGUACAGAAACACAGUUGUCACCUGCAUCACGACGUGCUGAUUCUUCAGAAUGUCAAGAUAUCACACAGGAGGAGUUUGAGUCUGUGUCAGAACUGAUCAGGGGCAGAUGUAAAUUGGCUGAUGUAAAUACUGUAUAUCGUGUUCUCUGGCGGCAUUUUAAAGAAGAAAAUAAUAGCAAACCACUUAAUCCUGGAGAGAUGUUCAAGAUGGGUUUGAAGGUGUCAGGUACCACUGGAGAGGCAAAACUAAAGAUUCUACGGGCAUUGAAACUGUGCACCAUAUCAGCAAAUAAGGAAGUGAAAUUAGUGUGAAAAUUACUUCUUCUGGUCAGUUAGGAACAAACUCAAAAGUUUGAGAAUAUAGAUCUUUGUUGAUCUAGAUGUAAAGCUGCAAUUAUAGUGAGAUUUUUACAAGUUACAUUUUGCUUUGAAGUUUUGGGGGUAAAACUACCUCCAAUUGCAAAGGUAUAGUAAUUUUAAUCAGAAGUGUAUUGUGCAAUGAAAUUACUGGUAUAAGGUUUAAUAUUCCAACCAUUCUUGCUUAUCAGUUCUCAUCUUAUUAGCUCCCUAGACCAAAGGGCAAAUUGAUUUGUGCUACGGUGUAACAUCUGUUGUCCAUUAGGUAUCAACUUUCAUUGACUUUUCAAUAGCCAGGAGACACAGGGUCUCGACAUUAGGCAAGUGACAUGGUUAUAUGAAUGCCCAUGACCUACUUUCUAGGUCAUAGGGGUCAAAUAAAACAAUCAAACUUCUGUUGAACUGAAAAAUCAUAGAAAAAUGACAUGUCUUCCUUGGAAGAAGUCUGACAAUGUUGAAUAGAAAAGUGCAAAUUUGUUCUACCAUGAAAAACACAUGAAUCUAAUAAAUUUUACCCUGACUAGCUUGUAACGUUACAAUGUGUUUGCAAACAGUGUAUGACAGGUGAGCUAUGCAGGCUCUUUAGGCCUCUUGUAAUGUGGCUGCAAUUCCACAAUUAAGAAAUUGUGAUUAUGUUUGAACAAGAAGACUGUGUAAAGGAUUGGAACAAAAGCAUCUAAUGAGAGUGUUUUCCAUGCAGUAGGUGUAGAUGGAAAAUAUAAAUAUUCAACCAGAAUUUUCAUACCUCUACCAGGAUGUUGUACUUCAGGAUACAAACUCUAAUUUUUUUACAUUUAUGCUGAAAAAUUUCCUAGGAUGCUGAUACACAUUGACCUCAUUUUACAAGAUGCCAU